AGUCCCAGGCAGCGCGCGGCAGGGCGCAGUCGCGGACAGGCGCUGGACGAGGCAGGACGACGAUGGGCGCCGCCGUGCAGUGAGCGACGUCUGGCCAGCUGAGGGGUGGAGGAGGCGUGGCCGGCGAGGCAGCGAGGACUGUGAGCUCGCGCGCGAGUCCCCAGGAGGGUCCGCGAUGACGCCCGGGGGGUUGACGCCCCACCAAGAGGAGGAGGCAGUCCCCCAGCUCACCGCCGCCGCCGCCGCCAGCCAUGUCUCCGGGGGCAGUUCUGCGUUCGAUCAUCUUCUGGGUGCUGCUGAUGUGGCCCGGCCGGUGCUCGGAGGACGAAGAGCGGCUGGUGAGGGACUUGUUCCGCGGCUACAACAAGCUCAUCCGGCCCGUGCAGAACAUCACGCAGAAAGUCAACGUCCGCUUCGGGCUGGCCUUCGUCCAGCUCAUCAACGUCAACGAAAAGAGUCAAAUCAUGAAGUCCAAUGUGUGGCUUAGAUUGGUGUGGAACGACUACCAGCUGCAGUGGGACGAGGCGGACUACGGCGGCAUCGGGGUGCUCCGACUGCCGCCCGACAAGGUCUGGAAGCCCGACAUCGUGCUCUUCAACAAUGCCGAUGGGAACUACGAGGUGCGCUACAAGUCCAACGUGCUCAUCUACCCGGACGGCGAAGUGAUGUGGAUUCCGCCCGCCAUAUACCAGAGUUCGUGUACGAUCGACGUGACGUACUUCCCAUUCGACCAGCAGACUUGCAUCAUGAAGUUCGGGUCGUGGACGUUCAACGGUGACCAAGUGUCCUUAGCGCUGUACAAUAACAAAAACUUCGUAGACUUGUCGGACUACUGGAAGUCCGGCACUUGGGACAUCAUCGAGGUACCGGCCUACUUGAACAUCUACGAGGGCAACCUUCCAACCGAAACGGACAUCACGUUCUACAUCAUCAUGCGGCGCAAGACUCUGUUCUACACCGUGAACCUGAUCCUGCCCACGGUGCUCAUCUCCUUCCUGUGCGUGCUGGUGUUCUACCUGCCGGCCGAGGCGGGCGAGAAGGUCACCCUGGGCAUCAGCAUCCUGCUGUCGCUGGUCGUGUUCCUCCUCCUGGUGUCCAAGAUCCUCCCGCCGACGUCCCUGGUGCUGCCGCUGAUCGCCAAGUACCUGCUGUUCACGUUCAUCAUGAACACGGUGAGCAUCCUGGUGACGGUGAUCAUCAUCAACUGGAACUUCCGGGGCCCGCGCACGCACCGCAUGCCCCCGUGGAUCCGCGUCGUCUUCCUCUACUACCUGCCCAUGUUCCUGCUGAUGCGCCGGCCCAAGAAGACGCGGCUGCGCUGGAUGAUGGAGAUGCCGCAGAUGAACGCGCCCCCCCAGCCGUCCUACGGCUCGACCAUGGACCUGCCCAACUACUUCCCUGCGGGGCGCGCCAAGACGGAUGUGAUGGAGCUGUCCGACCUGCACCACCCCAACUGCAAGAUGAGCAAGCCGGUGCCCCUGGUCGCGGACGGCAAGUCGGGGGACGCGGGCCGCCGGGAGAGCGAGAGCUCGGACUCGCUGCUGCUGUCGCCGGAGGGCUACAAGGCCGCCGAGGCCGUCGAGUUCAUCGCCGAGCACCUCAGGAACGAGGACCAGUACAUCCAGAUCCGGGAGGACUGGAAGUACGUGGCGAUGGUGAUCGACCGGCUGCAGCUGUACAUAUUCUUCCUGGUGACGACGGCGGGCACCAUCGGCAUCCUCAUGGACGCGCCUCACAUAUUCGAGUACGUCGACCAGGACCGCAUCGUCGAGAUAUACCGCGGCAAGUGAACCCCUGCGGGCGAAACGUAUCUCUCCUCCCAGUCUCUCUCUGCCGCGGAGCUCUUCGUCAAGAAGUCGAACACGCAGCUGCUCCCAGAUGGCGCAGCUGCCUGCCAGGUGGCACAUCUGUGAGAACAAGAACGCAAAAUGGUUUUUUCUCAUAUUUUCAUUUCAUGGUCCAAGAUCACCGCCGUAAUCACACGUCUUGUUCAGCCUGCCACGGAUGUGCCUCGAUUUUAGGUAUCAAAAUUGAAUCACAACAGAGAGUGUAAACGGGAAUCCGAGGCACCACGAACAUAAAUGAAAUACGAACUUUUUUUACUGAUACAAAAAAGUAAAUUAAGUGUCGACACAUCAUUAUAUUUGAGACGGAUACAAACAAUUUUUUUGUUUUUCGUGUUCCGAAGUACAGGUAAAUAAAAAAUUUGUGAACUUACAGAAGGGUGGAUAAAGGGAGAAAAAGCUGACAUAUUUUAUUUUGUAUAGCUCUUUGAUGCAUUUGUGCAUUGCUUGCUUAGUUAUAUGUACCAGAACUGUUGUUUACACGGGUGAAAAGUGAAAACUUUCUUCCGUAUUGAAAUUAACCGUACACCUCUUUUCUCCUGGUUGGACAUGUUUAAACACCAUUUUUCGAGCCUCCCUCCAUAGAUUCUGAUGAUGUUAUUUACUACACCAGGCAAUCACGGAAUGCCGUUUUAUGCAGAUACUUUUCGCCCGAGCAGGGUAUUAUGGUACUGCGUUCUUUCGCCCAAGCAGGGUACUUUGGUACUGCGUAGCCCGAAAGUUGUCAGGCACAGUUAUUUGUUCAAAUAUAAGGUUGUGCAAGUUUUAACGUGUAUACAUUUUAUAGAGCUGUUGAAUUUAAGAUUUGUUGUGAUACUAAAUAUGUCAUAUUAAUAACUUCUCUUGUGUAGUAUGUAGUUUGAGGAAUAUGUUAACCAUUUACUAAAUGCAUAAUUAAAUAACUAUAUUAGCGUUGCAUAUGAAGGUAAAAAAUACGUAACAUGCGAGACCUAUGAAUUCGUAACAAAUAUAAAAUGUACGAGUUUGUUAAAAAUAGGAAAAUUACCAUUAUUUGUAUGAUCAUAUUAAUGAAACAACUAUGAUUAAUUAUUAAAAUAAUUUCUGCAUAAGGAUAUAAUUUUUUUACGGGUUAGUGUAUUUGUGAGUUCAUAUGUUUAAUCCAUCUGUUAAUCUACGAAAUGUAAGAAUAAAACAAAUGUACAAUUGCAUAUUUACUCACUUACUAAGCAUGAACACUUAAAAACUAUAAAAACAAAAUGAACGAGACGAAUUAAAAGUUGAUUAGAGUGCAAAUUAUUUACAACUUGACUGUAGAAUACAAUCAGAUUAUUGAUAAAUGUUUAAAAAAUCGGUGAUAUCACAGUAGGCCUACCUCAGAAUUUGGUUACAAAUCCCCCCUUCUUCCCAAACACUUCUAGAAUAGUAAAAAAAAAGAGUGAUUACAAAAAAUAAUCUUUCUCAGUCCGCACAUGACCUUCGAAGUCAGUUUAUUAAAUUUUAAAUGUAUUUUUUUUACAUUUAGUUUGUAAUUUUGUGCAAUGUGUAACUUUAAUGAAUUUCAAGUAUGCUUGAAAUAAUAAGAUAAAACAAAGGAUUUUAAGAAUGACUUUUCAAGACAUAAGAAAUUUGUAUAAAUUGCGUUUCAAGGUGCUACUUCUUUUCAAAAUUUCGGACUACCACUUUAGUGAAAGUUAUUCCAUACCACCGAAAACACAACUUGAAAUUUAGCCCACCAUUGUUACAAAUUACGCAACGAUAAUGAUGUUUGCGAUAAAAAAAGAAGCUUGCUUAGCAAAAUAACAAUUUUGAGUAAGAAAGUUAAUUUUUUUAAUUGGUUAAUGUUUAUUCGCGUUACUGAUUAAUGCCUGUGAGCUAAUAAAAUGGGUGCCUCACAAUUAGACGGAAUCUUAAAUUGCACCCAUAAACGUUGCGAACAAUCGUCUUUAAAUUACUUGUACAUUGGAAAUUUACUUAACGCAAGAUGCCUGGCAUAGCAGUAAAAUGCGCCACUGAUAUCGGCCACAACUUUAAUUAAAUUUAUAAUAUAGUUUUUGUUGAUCGUUUGUAAAAGGCCCUGUCGAAUGAGUUGGGAAAUCGAGUCCAUCUGGCUCUAGUUUUUAGCAUCGUAUGUGUAAUUUGUUGCAUUUAGUCUUAUUUAAAUCUGUAUAUAUUUAUUCUUUAGUUGGACUUUGUAUAGUGCAAGUAGUCCAGCUGAGUUAUGCCGUUGUGGACCAGACAGUUCCCCGAAGAGACGCACAGAGUGCAGAGUGCAGAGUGGCGCAUGUUGAAAACACUCACUAAAAUAAAAUUGAAAUUUAUACAUAUAUUUAUUAAAAAAAAAAAAUGACAGCACAGUUAUAACAUUACACGGUAGAGCCAGGAUCUAAAGGAAGAAUUUGGUCUGAAAUUAAACUUAUUUAACCUUUUAAUACAAUAUUACACACAAUUGAAAAUGUCAUACUCAUUAAAAAUUUACAUUGGUAAGUGAGGGCAGGUAUAAUCGAGGCUUAAAUACAUAUCCAAAUAAUUCUUUUUUUGAACAACUACAGUAUUCAGGAAAUUGGAUUCAAAGCGCAUAUAAAUAACUGAUAGUCUAGAUCCAAGUUAACGCAAUAGUUCGGGAUAUAAAGAGGAACGGUCUUUUCAAAUGUCCAUUUGAUGGUUUUGAGAACUUCAAGAGCAAAUUUAUAUUUUAAUCUCAGCAUGAAUUAAAGGCAUGAACUUAAGUGGUG